GUCACGCUGCGCCGGUCCCACAGUGUGACCUGGGUUCCCUGUACAUGCCACACCAUUGCGGCCGUCCCAAUGCUCUUCCACUGCUGCCAUGUGCCACUUUGAGGUCUCCUCCACACUCCUGUGCUUUAUCCAUUUUGACAUAGGUUGCUGGCAGAUUACAGGCCUUCCAUAGGUUCCGCCAGGCCCCAUAUCGGCCAUGGGCCCCCGUACCGCCUGGUCACGCUGCUGCUGCUGGGCCCACAGUGUGACCUGGGUCCCUGUACCGCCUCCCAUUGCUCCAACUCUGCCAUGUGCCACUUUCAGGUCUCCUCACACUCCUGCUGGUUUCCAUUUUGUC